AGACCCACAGGCUCCAAGUUCCGCCGUUCCGUUCCGUUCCCGCGUUCCCGUUUCUGUCGUGUCUGCCGAUUCCGCGCGCGCGCCACGCAAUGUGCAAUGGAAAUAUGGCGGGCAUUACCUCGCUCUCGUGCCGCCCUGCGAACCAACGACGAUAGAGGAAACGAGGAGCGAGAGAAGAGUGGAGAGGAAUAGCCCGCCGUGCGCCGUUCCACGGCGUUCCCGUAUGCGCCUCGCGUUGCCGCGCGCGGCAGUGCUCCGUUUCGCGCUUUUUCACCGCGUGCCGCCGAAGGCCUAGCCGGGAUCGCCGACCGGCGGAAACGUUCGCCCGCGCCGUACACGCGGGCAAAUGUGAUAGCUCGCCUCCGCGGCGGCGAUACUCCCGGCCGGCAGCCGCGCCGCGCCGCGCACGUCGACUCUGCGUUGGGUCUCGCGCGGCUCGCUGCUCCGCGUACUGCGUGGCUCCGCUCCGCCCCGCCUCGGCGGACGUUCCCGCCGUAACCUUUCGUCGCCAUUGUAAACAUCGCCGCACGCGCGCGGAGCGCGCACUACGUGACUGACCGCCGGCGGUGCGCGAGUAACGUUACCUCGCGUUAUCCUCCGUCGUGAGGACCCACAAUCGCCGAAUCCCGCGUCUCGAGAUUAUUCGGCGCGUCGUUCCGGCUCCUCAAACGGCCACUUUUUCACGUUUCAUGUCCGUCGGCUUAACAAGUAUCUUUAGGGGAGCAUCUACGUUGGAACUCUGGUUGGAUUCACCGAGAGCGUCGGAGCUGGAGCAGGAAUAAGAAUUUUAUUUUCAGAACGCUUGCCACGAUUCGUCGACGAUGUCCAGUCCUAAAGAAGUUAUCGGUUCGCCAUGCGACACGCAGGAGACGUGUUACGAAGAUGGAAGCCUCAAAGUUAAUAACGAGACGCAGAGGGCGAGCUUGAACGAGAGUCAAGAUUUUCAUCUUCUCGUGGAAUCCGAUGACGAGAGCAUGGUAAAGGAGACGCAGGAUGGAGAGGCCCAGCAGCUCAAGACCCUGGAAGCUCUGCAGUCAGAAGAUGAUAACGCGACAACUAGAAACGACAGAGAGGACGAAACCGUCACAAAUGAGAAGGCGAUGGAAGACCAGGCUGCUGAGAAGACCGAAGGGAACGUAUCUGGCGAGUCGCAGAAGAAAGACGAGCCUUUCGACGAAGACGAGGUCAUUCAAGGUACACCUCCUCAGAGUUACUCGCCGUCCAGAAAGAUGCGUAGCGUCGACGUUGCGAGUUUGAAGCGUAAGGCUAGGACUGUCGACGAGGACCAAAUUGCUGCUAAGGUCGCUCGAACAACGUCCACGGAUGAUGCGACGAAAGUUGAGGGGCAACUCGAGGAGGAGGAGAGUCGUCAGUCCUGCGAAUCUGACGACUCGUAUCAGGACUUGUUUAAAAACAUUGACAAGAAUGUUAUAAUAGAGGAAACCCAGGAUCCAACCAACGUGGAGUUCACGCAGAACUCUCUGCAGAUUCCUACUGAGCAGGUGGCGAAAUCGGCAGACGACAAGGCUCAGAAGCGUCACACGGAUCAACAAGGUGAGGAGUUCCCCGAGAAAUACAGUCAGAGCGAGGAGAAGGAUGAGAAUCUGAACGUUUCCGCGAAAUUGGCCGACUCCAGCGCCAAUGACAGCAUGUUCGUUAUGAAUGAUUCCACAAACGAGAGCGAUUCUCAGCUGGAGGACAACAGUCCGUCGGUUGAAACGAAAGGAGACGUCUCCUCCACGAGCGUUGUGAUAGCUGACGAAAAAACGUCUGGAAUUGGAACGUUGAGCGAAACAGAGUCUGCAAGGGAUACAGAGACGGUGGCGGAUGAAAAUAAUCGAGUGGAGCAAUCGAACUGCACCAAGAAAAAAGCUGACGACAACGACGGAACGAUCUCGUCCUCGCAGACCAAGUCGCGAUUCAGCGUAGAAUUGAUAUAUGAGGGCGCGAAUCGCGCAGUUGACAACGAGAGUAGACCGAAGCCCCACGUGGUGCAGAUUGACGACGACGGCGAGAAGAGUAUAUUGGACUCGUCGGCCGAAGUGACGUACGAUAGCCAGGGCACGAGACCGGAGGUCGUUCAGAUCGACGACUCGCACGAAUACGUCGAGAGGAUCGUACUGGACUCUUUGGGGAAGGAUGCUGAGAUCCACACUGUAGACAAGAGCAGCAGCUACGAAAGCAAGAGCAGUCACAUGUCCCUGGAGAGCAUGAAGGAGACGUCCCUGGACUCUAAGUUGACGCCGGAGACGAAGCUGGUCAACGGCAGUGCCGAGUCCAAGAAGAGCGACACUGAAACUACGAUGAGCUUAGACUCCGAUACAUUCAUCGGAUGUGACGACCUGAUACCUCCUGCGGUGCUGACCACGCGCGAGAUUCUGAAGCUGCCCCCCAACAGGGAUUUAUCCAUGCCUAAAGAUGACAACGUCGAGCUCAUUAGCAUAAGCGACCACGAAACGUCUAAUGUGGAGGAGAAGAGCAAGUCCAGUCUAAUGUAUAACAACACUAAGACCAUGCAGGUAGAGCGGGAGAUCCACGUGUGGCUGAAAUUGAAGUGUCUGAUGCAUGUGGACGAGAACACGAAGGAGCCCGUGAGCAAGGAACUGACUGCGGUGCAAUGCGAGCCUAUGGUAAUCGAUUCUGUUAGUCGACAGAAGAAUGACGAUAGCCAAUCCUCGUUGGCGGACAUCUCCGACAACAAGGAUUCGUCACCUGCUUCUAUCAACAGCAAUGCUCAGCUGUACCAGCUGAAUCCUCGAUUGUCCAUCUUGUCGUCGUCCAGCUCGGGGUCCAGCGCUGCUUCGUUGGCGUUCAAGCGCACCCAGAAGCACUUGUUCUCGAUGCCGAUGGGCCCAGCCAAGCACGCCAAGAAGUCCUCCCAAGAAGCCCUGUCGACGGCGCCGGACAAGCAAACGUUGGACGAUACCUACCAUCGUCUGACGCACGAGUGGAAGAAUCAUCGCUUGCUCACGACGACCAUCUUGAAUCACGCCAACGCAGAACUGGGCACGACCGCCACCGCGGCCGCAGCCACCACGAUAGUUGAUACUUUCGCGAACGUUAGCAACGAGCCGCUGGACGAUCAUCAUCACCUGGAGGAAAACAAUAUGCGUUCGUCAACGCCGUCAGACCAGCCCAUGACGAGUAUGAAGAUAGAACUGGCCGUCACGCCAAAGAACACGAAGAAGAACAAAGCGGUAAAAAGACCGAGGAGCAAAAUGACCAAGUCGGAUGCCGCGCAGAUCAACGGCGAGAACGAGCCGACUCGGCGCACGGCCGCCUCGGAGACGGAUACACCGUCGAGCAGGAAGAAGAUCAAGACAGAGGACACGGAGGACAAGCUACGGAUGAGCGACAUGGACGUUUUGGCAAACUCGUCGCCGCGAAACGAUCUCGACGACGAGCUGAUCGGUAAAAACGUGUUCGCCAAAUGGUCAGACAACAAUUACUAUCCCGGCACGGUAAUCGAUCGGCUGAAAACUAAGUACAAAGUCAAGUUUUACGAUGGCCAGAGCAAGACGCUCAUACCCGAAUUUGUGAUUCCCACAAAGAUUCUCAGGAAAGGCCUGUCCGUUUACGUGACGACGAAUAUCAACGAUUACGGUUUCUACGGCGUUAUCAUCGACUUUGACACGUCGAGCACCGACAACACGUACUACACGGUGGAGACUGACGAGCACAAGCGAUUGCGCGUGCAGCUACAGAACAUUUCCUUGACUGUCGAUCAGGCGAAGGUGCUCAAGGAGGAGAUGGAUUCCGCGAGUAAGAUCGCUCUGUUGAGCACGCCGAAGACACUCGGCCAAGUGACCUUGGACAACAUGGUUGACGGCAAGCGACGGUCCAAGAGGAUCGGUACGCCGCUCUUCUCGACUCCUAAGUCCAGGAGCAAUGCCGCCGGAACGAGCACCCCGGCCAGUAAAACCAAAGCGGAACCCUCGGUGUCCGGCAUGUCCGCCAAACUCAAGAGGGAGAAGGGCGUGUUGUCGGAGAACGAGGGUGUCUCGAGCGACUCGAACGUUGAAUUGGUUCAGACAGGGGACGAGUGGUACGUUCUGAGGGGCGUGCAGAAGGAGAUAAACGGCACGCCGUACGAACAGAUCGUGAAAGGACCACAGAGUAGGAUCAAGGGCAAAUCGCGUAGCAAAAAGAAGGCGGAGGAUGAUCUUCAGAUGAUUCAGGACCUUGGUCCAAUCCCAUCUAACUCCAUCUUCAAGGGCAUGUCAUUCAUCCUUACUUGUGCAGUUUUAAAGAAACUGGACAGGUAUCCGAAGGACACAAAGGUGUCCACUGCGUCGGAGACGGAAACGGAUGCCUCUGAAACAGAUUUCGAGACUGAGAACGAAGACGGAUGGGUGGACCAAGCUUUCGUGCGCGAAAGGCUGCACGCUCAGAUCUUAGCGGGUGGUGGGAAACUCUACGAAGACUUCGGAGAGAUACCGAAGGAUGAGUAUAAGAACACAAUACUCAUCUCAAACGUGCCAAAUACUACGGCGAAGACCAUAUUGUGUCUCUCGGUCGGCAUCCGCGUGUGCAAUCACAAAUGGGUCAGCAGAUCCUGCAAUGAGGGAAAGGCCGUGAGUACGGCGGAAUAUGCUCUUCCAAACGGUUGGAGUUUAAAGAAAAAGAUAUACAUAGAAGCAUACGAAACAAGUAAAAGUAAACCAUUGUCAGAAAUCGUCGUUAUAAUUCCUAGUCUGGCAUACGAUGGAGAAUAUGCUAUAUUCUGGCAACAAGUUUGCGAGAACGCGGGUGCAAUAGUUGUAAUUGUGGAGGACUCAGGGGCUAUGGAGAAGAUCGAUUUUGUGUACAGUAAUGUAGUGAUCAUAUCUAAUCGGAAAUGUCCGUUGUGGGCAACAGACAGAGCGGCUCGGGAGCAAAUUCCAGUACUGUCAACCACAUGGGUAGUUCAGUGCAUAAUCGAGGGCCAGCUUUGCCCGCGAGACGAACAUCCGUGUUAUAGAUAUAAUUAUAUAUUAAAUUAGAUAUACAAUUUCGUUAAUUAGAAAGCCGAUGCUUUUACAAGUACAUCGCCUAUGAUCAAUGUGGCUACUGAGAUGUAUUUUUUGUUUUUCAAGUUCGUUUCUUUUUUUCGGUCUUCCACGUCAUCUUCCACAAGACAUAAAAGAUAAAAGAAUACCUUUACAAUCGUGAAA